AUGGGGAGGGGAAGAGUUGAGCUUAAGAGAAUAGAGAAGAAAAUCAAUAGGCAGGUGACUUUUGCUAAGAGAAUAAAUGGGCUGCUCAAGAAGGCCUAUGAGCUUUCAGUUCUCUGUGAAGCUGAGGUUGCUCUCAUCAUUUUCUCCACCCGUGGAAAGCUCUAUGAGUUCUGUAGCAGCUCCAAUAUGAUGAAAACACUUGAAAGGUACCAAAAUUGCAGUUAUAGUGCAUUGGAAGCCAGCCAACUAGUCAAUGAGACACAGAGCAGCUGCCAGGAAUAUUUGAGGCUAAAAGCAAAAGUGGAGGUCCUGCAGAGAUCUCAGAGAAAUCUCCUUGGAGAAGACUUGGGCCCAUUAAAUACCACGGAGCUGGAUCAACUUGAGCAUCUACUAGAGACAUCAUUGAAGCAAAUUAGAUCAACAAAGACUCAAAUUUUGCUUAAUCAGCUUGCUGAUCUUCAAAGUAGGGACCAAAUGCUGGUGCAAGCUCACAACGCAUUAAGAAGAGAGUUAGAAGAAAGUAAUGCACAAAUUCCAAUCCAACUAGCAUGGGAAGCAGGAGGAGCUCAGAGCAGUCAGUGUAGCCACCUUCCUCCUCAAUCUGAGGGCUUCUUUCAACCUUUGGAAGGCAGUUCCACACUACAAAUUGGAUAUAAUUCAGUGGCUUCAGAGGAGAUCAUGAAUGUUGGCAGCUCAGCACAAAAUGUCAAUGGGUUCAUUAAUCUUGGGUGGAUGCUUUGA